AUGUCAGCCAUUCGUUUCGACUCGAUCCGGACGCAGGUCAUAAGCGUAACUCCUUAUGCCGGGGCAGUGGCACUUAAAUUGUUGUCUGCUGAUAUGCCGACCAACAUCAGGAUGCAUUCCUACGCUGGAAAUCUAUUUGCUGCUUUGGUUGGGUCGACCGUGUUCUACGUCGGACCCAAGUUUGUUGUUGGGUACACUGGGCGGUUCUUUCUGCUUGGCGUCCUCUACCGCAACAUUGUGAACAACACUGCUAGACACACGCCCCGGCCCGAUGCAAAUGCAGUGGAAACCGUGGUGGUUGAUGUUGGUGCCAUUGUAAGUAAUUGGAUCUUCUCGUCGAGCGAUACACCAAACUAUCUCUUUACCGCCACUUAUCUGCUGGCGAUGGAUGACAUUGCACUUGUGGUUACAGGGGAGCCGAUACGGUUGUUCAGUCUGGCAAAUAGCAAGAAGAGCACAUCUGAGUGUAGACAGAAGUUGCUGGCUGACAUGAUGGAUGAAAACUCUGCGCAGCAACUGGAGAAGCCAGGCGAUGCGCCUCCAGGUUACAAGUAUGUCUUGUGA